CGGGUUUGAAGGGCUCAGCACUGCAUAUUCCAACCUCUGGAUGGGCCCAGCAUCAAGCAUGUGCAGCACAAGCUACUGUAACCUGUGAACUAAAAUUCUCAGGAGUCCUUGUUCACCAGGCAGGCAUUUUCCAAAGAGAGGAGGGAGCAGUUUUGACGUCACUUCUGCUGGUCCUCCGUGCCGCUUUCCUGCAAACGGGUGGCCAUUUCUUCCCAAUCAUCUCCUCCAGCUGCCACGUGGAACCUUGGCCUCUUGUGGCCUCUGCUCUUCCCCAGUAGGUGUUUUCACUGCACAAGGGAAUGGCUCCUGUGCUCCUGACAACCAGCCCUGGAAGGGAAUCAGUGACAUUCCAGGAUGUGGCUGUGGAAUUCACCCAGGAGGAGUGGGCACAUUUGAACCCAUCUCAGAAAAACUUGUACAGGGACGUGAUGUUGGAGAACUAUAGCAACCUGGUCUCUUUGGGAUUUGCAGUAUCCAAACCAGAUUUGAUCUACCAGAUGGAAAGAAAGGAAGCAUCUUGUAUGCCAGAGACAGAUAUCCCGGGAAGCAGCUGUCCAGAGAGCAAAGAAUUUCCUGGAGAAAAACCUUAUGAGGGUAAGAAAUGUGGGAAGGGCUUCAGAUGGAGGAUACAGCUUACACAGCAUCAGACAGUUCACACUGGAGAGAAUCCUUAUAAAUGUGAUCAUUGUGGGAAGAUCUUAAGUAGCAAUGCAUCACUUAAGGCACAUAAGACAAUUCAUACUGAAGAGAUGCCUUAUGAAUGUAAGGAGUGUGGGAAGGCAUUUAGACAGAAGGCACAGCUCACUCAGCAUCAGAGAACUCACACUGGAGAGAAAGUUUAUAAAUGUGAUGAAUGUGGGAAGAUCUUAAGUAGAAAUAUAUCACUUAAGGCCCACAAGAGAAUUCAUACUGGAGAUAUGCCUUAUAAAUGUAAGGUGUGUGGGAAGGCCUUCUACUUCCUCUCAGAACAUAAUCGACAUCAGAGCAUUCAUACUGGGGAGAAACCUCAUAAAUGUAAUGAAUGUGGGAAAGCCUUCCGCCUUACUGUACAACUUACUCGACACCAAAGCAUUCAUACUGGAGAGAAACCAUAUAAAUGUGAUGAAUGUGGGAGGCGCUUCAGAACAAAGUCACAGCUUCCUCAACAUCAGAGAAUUCAUACUGGAGAGAAGCCUUAUAAAUGUGAUGAAUGUGGGAAGGCCUUCACACUGAGGAGACGAUGUAUUCAACAUCAAAGAAUACAUACUGGAGAGAAACCUUAUCAAUGUGCUGAUUGUGGGGAGGCCUUCAGAGUGAGUUCACUACUUAAACAACAUCAGCAAAUUAAUCAUGGAGAAAUACCAUUUGUAUGUAAUCAAUGUGGGAAAGGCUUCUUUUGGAAUUCAGACUUUAAGAGACAUCAGAUGAUUCAUACUGGAGAGAAACCUUAUGAAUGUAAGGAAUGUGGGAAGGCCUUCCAACUGAUGAAAAUGCUUACUAAACAUUACACAAUUCACACUGGAGAAAAGCCUUAUAAAUGUAAUGAAUGUGGGCAGGCUUUUAGAUUAAGGAGUUACCUUACUCAGCACCAGAGAAUUCAUCCUGGAGAAAAACUUGAAUAAAAUAUGUGUUGAAAGACCUUCUUCAUGAGUUCAGAAGUUACUCUGCAUCAGAGUAAAAGUCAUAUGAGAGAAGACUUAAGAAAUAGUAAAUAGGGGGCCAUUAGUUGGCACAUUGGAUAAAGCAUCGGCCCUGGAUUCAGGAGGAUCUGAGUUCAAAUCCGGCCUCAGAUGCUUGACACCUACUAGCUGUGUGAC